AUGCAUGCUGACCAGAUUACUCCUCCAGAGAAGGGGCCUAUCAGUAGUGUGAUUGAACGACAGAGCUUUAUUCUGUCUAGGGUUACUAGAGUAGACAUACCUCGGCCUAGGACUGCAUCUUUAGAGCCUGUAGAUGCUCCUAUUCCACUGACCUCUAGAGCCAUGAUUAAUCAAAGAAUGACUAGACUAGAGGGGAGGUGGAGGUUGUUUGAGACUCUUCUUGCUAGAAAGGCUUUACCAGUUGUUCCUCCACCAACAUCCACAUCUAGACCUACCAGUCCUGAGACUGCUAAGCCAGCCACUUUAGCAGCACCCCCAACUUUUGUAUCUGAGCCAAGAGAGAUGGUUUAG